CACAAUAAUCAUUGAUUCUCGUAAUACAAUACUGAACCAUGCACAAAGCACAAUCCAAUGCAUUAAGAAUAAUCCACUCUUCUAUCUUCUAUAAAUGCCCCUCACAACAUUAUCUCUUCUCCCACCAAUCUAUUAAAAAAAAAAAAAAACUUUCAUAUCAUUCACACUCACCCCUACACAUAUCAUACAGCCAAAGGCCAACCAAACACACAUGCAGACAAUGGAAGGACGACAAUAUAAUUACGAAGACAGCAGAAACACUAGCUCCUCCAUGGUGGUGCCUCACUCACCGUGGCACUCUCCAGUUCCUUAUCUCUUUGGUGGUUUAGCCGCCAUGUUGGCUCUCAUCUCCCUCGCUCUUCUCAUUCUCGCUUGUUCUUACUGGAGACUCUCCGGCUCUGCUCAGCGUGACCUCGAGGGUGGAGAUGAUGCCAAACCCGACGGGAACACUAACAAGACUAAGCUCGCGACGAUGCCGGAGAAGUUUCUCGUCAUCAUGGCUGGAGAUGUCAAACCUACUUACCUAGCUACGCCGGCGACUCGGUCUGAGCAGACUCAGAGCUGUACUUGCGGCGAUCAUAGUUAAGAAAGAAGCAUAGGAGGCCAGCUAGUAUAAAAGUGGUACGGCAGAGCACCGGAAGUUACGGUGACCUGUAGUUGAUUGGGACAGCCGGGUCUGGUCGGGUCAUAACGUGGACCUAACUUACAGGAGCGAGUGGGAUAAUUUUCAUUUUUUUUUUGUUUGCAUCGUUAAUUCGUAUGGGUUUUAGUCCUUUUAUUUUUUUUUGACUGUCCUCUAUAUUUUUCCCGUGUUCUGUGUCACGGAGGAAAUUCCGGUUUAUGUAAUUUAUAUGAGAACUUAAAUACUAGUAUAUGAUUAGUAAUUACUGCU